AUGAAAAUAAUAAUGAACACUAUGGAUGUUAAUCCUAUAGAGAAUAAUGGAAAUAAAAAAAUUCACUUAAUAAAUAUAGAAUCGAAUGAUAUGAAAACUUGUUCAAGAAGAGGUCGAAAAUCAACAAUUCCACCAGAACUUAGAGAACAAACAAGACGUAUUAAAAAGCAAAACAUUGAAAGAAGUCGUCGUGCAUGUAUAGCAAAUAAAAUGUCUGAAUUACAUAAAUUAGCCAUGAAUUUGAUUGAAUUAAAUAUAUCAGAACAACAAAAAACGGAAAAAGUGGAUAUAUUAGGUAUGUGUUAUGAAGUGUUUAAAAACGUGGCAGUAUUAUUGAAUGAAAACCCAGAAUUGAAAGAGAAAUUAAAACAAAUGUGCCAUGAAGUUAGAUCAAAAUUCUUUAAUAAACAGCAUGAUAUAUCUAAUAAUCAUUAUGAUAUAACCGUUAAUAAAUCAAAUCAAUCUAUUACUCAUUCAACUAUUCAUCAAUCACCAUCAUCAUGGAAUAAAGAAAAUUAUAAUCUUACAAAUCAAAGUUUAUUAAUUCCUUCUGAAUUGAGCGCAUUUACACCUAUAAGUAAGAUAAAAGAUACUAAUUUACAUAAUUUUACUCAAUUAAAUUAUCAAUCUACACCAAUCCAAUUACCGUUUAUUAUAAAUGAUAGUGGUUAUUUUGAAAUGAAUCAUUCAUCACCUUCAUUCAUUCAUACAAAUCCUAUUCAUUUAAGAACAGUACAUAUGUCUGAUGAAUGUAUUUAUACACCUCAAUCAUCAUCUUUACAAAUGAAUUCUAUUAUAUCAAAAUUACAAUCAAAAGAAAACAUAUUGGUGAAUGAAACGCAUACAAAUCAUCAUGAAACGACUAAAGAGAAUAUUAUGUGGCGGCCAUAUUUAGACUAG